AUGAAAUCAUUACUAAUUAUCACUCUGAUAUUUUGCUUCUUCGGCUACGGAUUAUCUGAAAAUACCAAGUGCCCUCUUAAUCUCUCUUGCGAUAGUUCUAAUACUAGUUGCUAAAAUGAAUUGAAUUAAUUUUAGCAAUGUAUUUCUACUAAAUGUGACUCAUAGAGUAUUUAAUCUUAAGAUGCUAAAGAAAUUUUUGAUUGCUACUACGUGAAAUGCAAAACAGACUAUCAACCUUUUUAAUCAGAAAUUUUGAAAAUGUUCUAAUGUCUAAAUUUAACAUAAUCUGAAGAAACAUAAGAUGACACAAAGGAAAGUGAAGCUAAAAUGGAAGAAAUAAAAGCAAAUCUUCUUAAAAGCAAAUAAGAUUUAUGCCUAGCCCAAAUGAUAACUGACUGCUUAGCCUCUACAAAAGAAUGUGUUCCUAAUUUCUACUUUUAAUUAUACUGUAUAUCUUCUUAAUGUCAACUAGAAGAUAAUUCUUCAAUAAGUGAUAUAAAUAAAUGCAUUUAAAGCACUUGCUAAUCUAAUUAUGACGAACUUAAAAAGUUGAAUAUCUAAUUCUCAUAAUGUUUGCAAUAACUAAGCAACAUUUCUUUUGGUUACAUACCAGGUGUUACUAUUUUAUUAGCCUUAAUUUUAAUAGUCAUUUGA